ACACAGAACAUAGUCUGAGAGAGAGAGAGAGAGAGGAGCAAGAGAAAGCAGAAAUGAGGAAGUUCGAUCCAUGGCCGAUUUUCUUCAAGCGAGAAUGGAACCGGAACUGGCCUUUCAUCGCUGGGUUCGCCAUAACCGGAGCCCUCAUCACCAAGUUCUCUCUCGGCCUCACUGAGGAAGAUGCCAAGAACUCACCCUUCGUUCAGAGGCACAAGAGGUGAUUUCUGGAUGCCGUUGCGACUACCUUUCUUCUCAUGUUGUCAAGGGGAAGAUAAUAACAAAGAGUGAUGUUCAGGAUUCUCUGUUUUUGAAUUUUAUGUCUUGUUUAUGAUGGCUUGAAUAACAUGAGAAGGAAUACUUCUUUCCAUUGGUUUUGAACUUUGUGUAUUUGAGCAGACCAAUCUUUCAAAGUGAAACUACAAAAAUUGUGCU